AUGGGUGCUCUUUCGCUUCUCAAUUUUGUGCUCGUCGCACUCCCCAUCGGUUCCACGCUUGGUGUUCUGCUUGGCCUCCAAGCUCACCGCGACGCUACGGGCCAGGAACCGCUGUUCAAGCCUACCAACCCCAACACGCCGCCAAAAAACGAUGGCAUAACGCUCGUCCACAAGUGUAACGAGACGGUUGGAAUCUCGCCUGCCUCUGUGGGCGACAAAUACACCCUUAACCCCAACCCGUGGGGCUGGAGUGAGGGCGAAGAGGGCUCUAUCUGCAUGGACGUCAUCACAUGGAACAACCAGACCUACCCUACCAAAUCAUCUGCCCCCGAAUGGUCCGUUACCUGGGAAUACCCUGCCGGCUCUACCAACGCUCCCGUCCACGCCUUCCCCAACGUCAAAGUCGACUCUGGCACUUUCCCCGUCAAGAUUAGCAAGCUCAAGUCCAUCUACCUCGACUUUGAGUGGUCUUAUGCUGUCGGUAACACGACCGCCGUCACUACCACUGAUGUCGACGAACUUGAAACUGCUGAGCUCAACGCCAAUGUUGCUCUGGACAUGUUCUUGGAUUCCGACAAGACGGCCUCCAAGAGCAGCGAGGAUGCCCGUAUCGAGAUGAUGGUCUGGUUUGCCACCUUUGGUCCUUCUACUGUUCCCAUUGGUAACACGACUACCGAUGCCGUCGUUGAUACCUUGGAAGUUGACGGAACCACCUUCUCUUUGUAUGCUGGAAAGAACAACAUCGGCCAGCGUGUUUUGACAUGGUACUCACAGGGAACUGCCGACAGGUUCCACGGUGAUCUCAUGCUCUUUGUCAAUCGCCUCGUCGAGCUGGGCGAGACCCAAUUUCCUACUGGGGACGACUACAUUGGCUACGCCAGUUUGGGAACUGAGACUUACUGGGUCAGCGAGACUGUAACCUUCCACGUCCCGACUCUGGCUUUCGAUAUUGAGACCGACUAA